AUGCCCGGCCUGAAGCGCUCCCGCGCACAAGUCGACGCUGCUGACACUUUCGCUCGCUCUUCCGCCUCCACCGCCCGCUCCAGCGCCAUGGACCACGCCAAACGCAAGGCCGACGGCAAUGCGCCGCACGCGAAGAAGCAGAAGACCGUCGCCAAACCGCCGUCGACCAAAAAAUACCAGCCCAAGAAAUACUCGCUCAACCCGCUCAAGGCUCGCAUCCGCGACUUGCGCCGCCAGCUGUCUCGCAAUGCCGACGACAUGCCCGCCAAUGUCCGUGUCGACAAGGAGCGCGAGCUGCAGGCCUGCGAACACGAGCUGUCGGUCGCCGAGGCUGAGCGUAUCAAGCAAGAAAUGAUCCCGCGCUACCACAAGAUUCGCUUUUUCGAACGUCAAAAAGCCACGCGCUUUCUCAAGAAGGUGGUCAAGCAGCUGAACGACGACUCCACCCCCGAAAAGCACGCCGAGCUCGAGCGCGAGAAGCACGUCUGCGAAGUCGACCUCAACUAUACCCUCUAUUAUCCGUUGAUUCGCCCCUACGUCUCCCUUUACGCCACCUCGAAGAACAAAGACGAGGCGAACGGCUCCUCGACAACGACCCGCAUAGGAGGCGACAAGGAAAUGUGGGAGCUCGUGGAGAAGAAGACACAGGAUGGCACGCUGGAAAACUUACGGAACGGUCUCGAGUGGAGGGAAAGAGCUCCCGAGGAUGCAUCUUCGGCCAAGCCCGUGGUUGCUCCGCCGGAGAAGAAACCUGCGAAGACGCGCGCUGGGAAGUCAACCGCCAAGUCUGCUUCGACACAGGCCAAGGAAGAAGACUCGGAUAAUAUGAGCGACGGUGGCUUCUUCGAAUGA